ACUCAUGCUUUCUCAGAAACCUCAUCAUACAUCCAUACUCGUUUCCGUUAACAUUCCGUUUCGUAUUUAAUAAUAUUAAUAUCUCUCUCCAUAUAUAAACUCAGGCCUUGGCUCCUUCUUCCUUCCAAGCUCUGUAAUCAUUUCUCCUCUCAAUUGAAAACUUUUACCUUAAUUAACCCGAAAAGACUUCAACUUUUGUAUUUGUCUUACUACCCAAGAAAUUCUGUCUCUUUUCAGGCUACUAUUGGUUUGAUAAACUACACACAAUCUUAUAAUUUUGCCCUGAAGAUUAAAAACUCUGCUGGUAAUUUACAACAUAGGGGAACAGCUGAUUGUAGCAUGGAAUCACAGCCCAUUUUUGGAUACGGCAGUGUAACGGGUGCAGGACUAUCUCAUUCAUCUCCUUCAAUACCUAAUAGACUUUUCGGGUCCUUGAAAUUUUCUAUUGGAAACUCACCUAGCUCACCGUUGUCGAAUCAGUUUGAUUGUGAUAUCCUUACUGCAUUGAGUGACAGCCAGGAGCAGUAUAGUUCUACUGAGAAUCUUUCUGGAGCCAGCCCUUCUUGCAACUCUUUGAAUAGUUAUUUUAAUCGCCCAAGCCCUUCAUUUUUGCAAGAUGUAAAUUCUAACCAGAAUAUACAGCACGCACUUCUGCAACUAGAGACUGAUUUGAUGGGGCCAGACGACGAUGUAGACAUAAGUACGCCUGAUACUACUAUGGGGGAAAGUAGCAGACAGACGCCAGGGGAAAGAAGUAGGGCCUGGAGCCAGGAGCGACAGGGUUCUCGGGCAGUUCAGUCUCAGCCAUCCUAUGUAUCUAGGCCUAGGCAAUCUGGUGAUGAUGCUUAUGGUGAAAAACAUCAGAAAGAGUCCGAAGAAGCAAAUUUAUUGCUAAAUAUCCCACCGGGUAAUUUGAAACAGUUGCUCAUUGCAUGUGCUAAAGCAAUUUCUGAAAACAACAUGAAUGAAUUUGGUAGGUUGAUUGAAAAGGCUAAAGCUGCAGUGUCUAUUAGUGGAGAGCCAAUUCAGCGUCUUGGUGCAUACUUGGUAGAAGGCUUGAUAGCGAGGAAGGAAUCAUCGGGGAAUAACAUUUACCAUUCGCUUAGGUGUAGAGAGCCUGAAAGCAAGGAUUUGCUUUCGUACAUGCAGAUCCUCUACGAAAUCUGUCCUUACCUCAAAUUUGGGUACAUGGCAGCUAAUGGAGCCAUAGCUGACGCUUGCAAGAAUGAGAACCGCAUCCAUAUUAUCGACUUCCAAAUCGCUCAGGGGACACAAUGGAUAACACUACUUCAAGCUCUUGCAGCGAAGCCAGGUGGAGCUCCCCAUGUUCGCAUUACAGGUAUUGAUGACCCAGUUAAUAAACAUGCUCGUGGUGGUAAUGGGUUAGAAGUGGUUCACGGACGAUUAGCUGCAAUCUCUGAGAAAUUUAAUAUCCCCAUCGAGUUCCACGGGGUGCCGGUUUUUGCUCCAGAUGUCACACCAGCCAUGCUUGAUGUGAGGCCGGGUGAAGCUUUGGCUGUAAACUUCCCGUUGCAGCUUCACCACACUCCCGAUGAGAGUGUCGAUGUAAGCAAUCCAAGAGACGGGCUUCUGCGAAUGGUGAAGUCACUUAACCCAAAGGUGGUAACUUUGGUGGAGCAAGAAUCAAAUACAAACACAACCCCUUUCCUAACUAGGUUUAUAGAAACUCUCGACUUCUACUUGGCUAUGUUCGAGUCCAUAGACGUGACACUGCCACGGGACAGAAAGGAGCGGAUUGGUGUGGAGCAGCACUGUUUAGCCAAAGAUAUCGUCAACAUUAUUGCUUGCGAGGGUAAAGAAAGAGUGGAGCGCCACGAGCUGUUUGGCAAGUGGAAGUCUAGGCUGACCAUGGCUGGGUUCCGACAAUACCCUUUAAGUUCAUAUGUUAACUCUGUAAUAAGGAGCUUACUGAGGUGCUACUCGGAACAUUACACACUCAUCGAAAAGGAUGGAGCUAUGCUAUUGGGGUGGAAGAACAGAAAUUUAGUAUCUGCUUCCGCAUGGCAUUGAUUUCACAGCAGCUAGAGAUGUUUGUAGCAAUAACUUCGAAGCUCGAUAACCUGUGUUGGAAAAUGAUAAAACUGUCAUGGCAGCAAUAGGAGGGUUGAAAGAUGUAGUAUUUGGUAGUCAUGUAAUUCUGUUUAAAUAUUUAAUUUAAUGAUUUUUUUAAUUCUGUAAAGAGUUGUGUAUUCUAUAAAUAGAAUAUGUAUUCUGUUCUGUAAUUGCUGUUCAGUGUGCACAGGAUGCAUUCUGGGUUUUCUCUUCCAGAUGCAGUAAUAGAUCGUUUGAUUUGCAGAAAAAUUGUUUGUUACAUAUUUUUCUCCGGUUCCGUGACCGGUGAUCUUGAAAUAAAAAUAAAUUUAGAUGCU